AUGGCGCUCGUCCCUUAUGGCGGAGGCGCGGGCGGAUCGGCGUCGAUGGCGAUGCCGAUGCUCACGGUGGACAACUACACCGUCUGGGCGAUCAAGGCGCAGGCCAUCUUCGACGUGCACACCGUGUGGGAGGCGGUGGAGCCGGGCGAUGCAGCAGUGAACGCGCGUAAGGACAAGAUGGCGCGCGCGUUGCUGCUCAGAGCGCUACCGGAGGACGUGUUGCUGCAGGUGUCGAUGAAGCUCACCGCCAGGGAGGUAUGGGACUCCUUGAAGGUGAGGUUCGUCGGUGCCGAUCGGGUCCGCGCGGCGAGGCUGGCGACGCUGCGCGGCGAAUUCGACCGCCUGAAGAUGGCGGACGGCGAGGAGCUCGACGUGUACGGCGGGAGGCUCGCGGCGAUGGCGGCGAGGUACGCCAACCUCGGGGAGACGCUGGGCGACGCGGCGCUCGUCAAGAAGCUGCUGGAUAUGGUGCCGGAUCGGCUCUUUCCCGUCGUCGCCGGCAUCGAGCAGUUCCACGACGUGACCAUGAUGGCGUUCGACGAGGCGCUUGGGCGGCUGCGCGCGUUCGACGAGCGGGUUCGGCGCCGUGGACAAGACGGCGGCGAGCGCGGGGGUGAGCAGCUCCUCAUGACGGCGGCACAGUGGGCAGCGCGCGAGCGUCGACACGGCGGUGCUCGGGACGACGACGACAACAAGAUCGAGCAGCGGCGAGAACCGGCGCGGGCGCUGCUACAAGUGUGGCGAGCGCGGCCACUUCAAGAGGGACUGCCCCAAGCUGAGGAAGGCGCCAGCGGCGGAGCAGGCGCUGCUGGCGCAGGAGCUGAGGAGCGCGGGGCGUGGCGCAGUGGGCGUCAGGGCUGGGCGAAAGCAGCGGAAGAGCAGCGGCUCGCGCCGAGUCUCCAGGAGAUCGUGUACACGCGCGUGGAGCUCGGCGGGCGGGCGUUGCGUGGGCGCUAG